AUGAAUAAACGAAAAAGGGUCGAAGAGAUUGGGGAAUCCAAGCACCGUCAGGUUCGACAACGUAUUUUGCAGGAACGCAAAACGGAUAUCCUUGAAAAUCUUGCUUUUGAAUUGUCCGAUAAAAUUCGACGAUUGCGAUCCAAUGCAGGUUUGCUGGCUUCUACCAUACGCAUGAGGGGAGAAAUGCGUGUGGCUUCUAUCCCCCGUGCUCAAAGAAAUAUGAAACUUCGUGAUUUUCAACCCUUUUUGUCAUCCAAUACACCCGUCACUCCUUGGCGAACUCGGAUUCAAGAAUUCUAUAAACUCGAAGAAUUAUCCAUGUCGAAACGGAAACCGAAUUCCGCAAAAGCAAGUCCUUCCAAGACCCCUACUCCUAUGCGAGUGAUGAAGCAAAAAGCCUCUACUCAGGACUCGUAG